UCAAACAGUCAACCUAUCUAGUCCGACAGCGAAGGUAACGUCCGGAAUCACCGAAAGAAAUCAAGCCCAAUUCUGUAACACCGUGAACUCUAGCGUGAAUAACGCAAGUUUACUUGUAUCGACACACUUUGCUUUUCCUCGAUAUAUUUACUGAUUCUAACGAUGACCACUGGAUGUCGAAUUCUCCUAGUCGGAAUGCGAAUUAUGCUUUUCCUGCUUUGGACUGAGCUACACGCUACAAUUGGUCAUCCUUCGAGACCAAGUUACCAAGGCAACCACAUUCCUUAUCCGUCAGUUUCGUCUCUUCGAGCUUCUUCUGAAGACUUGGCAUACUCUCUUCCUACGAAGCCAAAUCAAUUCCUUCUUGGUCUCUACACAUCUAAGUUGACAGAUCCUGUCCACACGUAUAACAUCCCUAAUGAAACUGCAGGUUUUCCUACAUCUGGUGUAAACACUUUCUUCCAUGAUGCAAUUAAUGGUUUAACUCCAGAAGAUGCAUCUCAAAUGGCCAACUAUUUUGAUGUCUACAAUGAAAACGCCGACCCUGAAGUGAUGACUAACGAUCUAAAAACCUACAAACUAGAAGAUGGCAAAGAUCUCCAGAUGCCACUCCCAAGUAUCCUUGAAUCCAUCGCUGCUAAGCGUGGAAACCGCCCAUCUAUUUCAGUCGUCAGCCCUCUGGAUGUACUUAGUCAACGAUUACGUUUCGAAAUGGCUAGACACUGGAUGAGAAAGAGCCAGAAACAGAUUAAGGACAACGCUGAAUUACUAAGAAACCUCGGAAAGAGGGACACUGCUCAACUAGAUCCUACCUUUCAGGACCUUCAAAGAUUAAAUAAGGAUUUCCGAGGAUACUCCGCCAAGGUCCGAAGAUUCACGAAGAAAUUAAACUAAGUUACUGUGAAAACUGUGUAAAAAAAAAAA